AUGAAGAGUUUCAGGUUCAUCGGCCUCAUUCUCCUCAGCGCUUGCUCCAUAAACACGGCUCAAAGCUCGAGCAUCCCCGGUGCUAAAACGUGCGCCGAGUUCCGCACCGAUUGCGAGUAUAUUUGCAAGGGCUAUGGUGGGAGCCCCGAAGUUACAAACUGCAACGGAGAAAAGCCUGGUCCGAGUAGCACAUGCGCCUGCAAUUUGAAUUCGGGAAGGUGA